AGGGCGAACAUGUCAUCAUUGACAAUAGCUGCAUUGAUGAAGUAUCCGACUUGCAAGCGAUGGGCUCUGAGACCAGCUUGAAUGAGAUCCACUCACACCAGUGCACGGAAAACAUUGCACAAGACUACCAGCUGGCACAGCAACAGCUACAUUUAUUGCAGCCGCUUUUGCAGCAACCUCAACAGGAGCAUCACCAACAGCCACCGCAUCAUCACCAAGAAACUCAGCAAGUUCCCAUACAAAUUCACCAACAGAAUGUUGUUGACGUCUGUGUGGGCGUUGUUACCAAUGAAGUAUACAACAACAAUAAUCAACUAUUGAUGACCGAUGUAAAUGAGUUGAAUGAAAACGUGCCAAAUGAAGAGCCGACCGAAGUACCUGUGGCGGCUGUGGCCCCAUCACAAGCUCCUGCCGCGGUAGACGCUCCAGUACCGAUACCGGUACCGGUACCGGCAUCACAGCAUCAGCAACCGCCACCGCCACCAACAGUGGCCGCCGUAGUGACUGCACAGCAGUCGACAUCAAUCACGCCAGUGGCAAGUGCUGCUACAGCUACCAAUGUAUCGACGCAACAGCAACAAAUUCAGACCUCGCCUCCUUUGCAGAAAUAUCACCAACAGCAGCAGCAGCAGCAGCAACAACAACAGCCACCACAACAGCAGCAGCAGCAGCAUCCAAAGCAUCAGCAGCAAUCGUACAAUCGUUACGAUCAGCAGCAACAGCAACAGCAACAGCAGCAGCAGCAGCAACAACAGCAACAACAACAACCGCACCAUAAUCAACAAUAUCACCACCAACAAAAUCAUCAUUAUCAAUAUGAGCAGCGCAGACCACAACAGAAUUACAAUAGUAAUCAGUCGCGCCGUAAAUACGAUUAUAACAAUCCAUCGUAUGCUCCUAAUAAUAACAACAAUAACAAUAAUGAUUCUGCCAUCCAAACUACAAAGACAAUGUCAUGGACAAAUUCGAGCAAAAAGUCAACGGCUUCGGUCGCGGUUACCGCCACACCGACUAACAACAAUAACAACGCCCAGAAUAGAACGUACAGUCAUUCGACGAAGACGUAUACGAAUCAUCAACAUCACUACCAGCAACAGUCGCACUACCAUCAGCAGCAGCAGCAGCAGCACCAACAACAACAGCACGGUGGCCACUACAAUCAAGGGCCGCAGAUGCGCAACUAUAGCGGCAUGAAAAUGCCUUCAUCACCAGUGGGCAGUGGUGCGCCACCACAGUUUGGCAACAAUGUGAGUGGGGGUGAGCGUCGGAAUAGCCAGGCAGAGCAGCCAAAAUACGCGAACUCUAACAAUGGUUCAUACAACAACUACAAUCAAUAUUCCAAUAAUAAUAGCAACAACUCUUCUGGAAGCAGCAUUAAUUUGAAUAGCGCAACGGCAGCUACUUCGACUGCUAGCACCACCGCGGCGCCGCAACACUUCUCGCAACAGCAGCAACAAUACUCACAAGGCGGCUCGCAGCAGCACCAACACCACAACCAGCAGCAACAACCCGCACAGCCGCCACAACAACAGGCGCUGGUAAUCGAUAGCAAGCAAUAUCCCGGCUUUACGAGCAGCAAGAAAGCCGCCGCCGCCGCCGCCGCUGCGGCUGCUGCAGCAGCAACGGCUUCCUCCUCUGUCGCGCCCAUAAUGAAUUUGGCGCCACCAAUCCCUACGAAUACCAACGCCUCCACAUCUAGCACCCAAUCGUGGGCCAGCUUAUUCAGCGACACCAAUACAUCGGCCACAUCGUCCGCAAGCGCCAGUGGUGCCCAGUCCAGCAGCAACAGCAGCAACACGAACGCCAGCAACCAGAGUAGCAACUCUGCACCUGCGCUGCCACCACCAUUUUCAUCCAAGAAGCCGGUUGCCAAAGUUGCGCCGUAUGAGUGCGUUGUGCCUGCGCCGAUCAAUCCUGCCCCGCCAGUGGUGCUGCCGGGAGCCAUGUCCUACUCGGCUGCAUCUGCUCAGGGCAUAUCACCUCAGCAGCCGGCAGCAGCUAAAGCGGCCGCAAAGGCAGAACCGCUCACACCAAUAGCCCGUGCCAAUUUGGACGAAUAUACACUGAAGUUUGCGGAUUUCCUGACAAAGACCAAAACCGACUUGUCCACAGUGAGCUUGCGUCCACGUGGGCUCACCAAUCCCUCCAACUACUGCUACAUCAACUCCAUUUUGCAAGCGUUGCUAGGCUGUGCGCCAUUCUACAACCUGAUGCGCUCCAUACCAAAGCAGGCAGCAGCGCUUUCCGAAGUGCGCACCCCCACAGUGAACGCGCUCAUCUCAUUCGUUUCGCAAUUUUCUACGCUGCCAUCUGGGAUGCGUUUACGCACAAAUAAGGGUCCUAAAGGCAAAGACGAACUGGGUAGUGAAUUGCAAUGCGAUUCUGCUUUCGAACCAACUGAAAUUUAUCGCUUAUGGGUCGAUAGCCGCGAAGAGUACGUGGAGGGACGUCAAGAGGACGCCGAAGAAUUCUUAAGCUAUGUGCUCAACAAACUCAAUGAUGAAAUGCUAGAGGUAAUAAAACUGGUAGCUAAACCAAACGCCGAACAAAAUGGUCGAAACGAUGUUUCGGAGAGUGAAGACGGCGAUGAGUGGCAGAUGAUUUGCAAUAAUCGCAAUAAGGGUAGUGUCACACGCCAAACCGAUUUCGGACGCACUCCCCUGAGCGACAUCUUCCGCGGCGAAUUGCGUUCACGUUUGCAGCGUGAAGGCGAGCACUCUACCGAUGACAUUCAGCCAUUCUUUACGUUGCAACUAAAUAUAGAAAAAGCCGCUUCAGUGAAGGAAGCACUCGAAAUA